ACACGCAUGUAUCCUUCAGUUGAUGAGAACACAGGGCUGCCAAGACGUCAACACAAGAAUAACUAUCGCAAAAUGGACGGCCUAUCUGUUGAGCUUCCCCGUCUGGCGGAUGAAAAGGUGAUCGCAUACCUGCAACAUCUAGGUGUUCCACAGGUCAAAGCCGAUCAAGUUGAGCUUCCUAAACCGACCUUCUCGCUUCUUUGUGAGAUGCAGAAGCGACAUCACGAUAAGAUUCCGUUUGAAUCCGUCUCUGUCCAUUUGGGAAAGAAUGUCCAUUAUCAAGAUUCCGAUCCAAUCCCCUACCAAGAGGGCAAGGGCAACAUCGACGUCAGCCCCAAUGCGCUAUUUAACAAGAUCGUCACUCGAGGUAUGGGAGGGUAUUGUUUUGAGCUGAAUGGACUCUUCGCAAUCGUUCUGCGCUCCCUUGGAUAUACCAUUACCAAUCACUCGGCGCGAGUGUAUGCGUACCAGGGCAAGACACCGGAAGAUGCGGGGUGGUCCUGGUCCGCUCUUUCACAUCAAACUACACAUGUGCACUUUGCCGAGGACGAAAUGAGCGGUGAAAACAUCAUUCCAGAGGGCUGGAAGGCUCCCAGUGGGGGAACUGGAGUAACAUUUCACUGCGAUGUUGGUUUCGGUGUCGGACAACCGAGAGAGCCGAUAUUGAUCAACACCGAAACAGCUUCCAACCACCAUAUACAUGAACGCCUGCCACCGUUUCGCGAAGCCGAUGGUGUACCGGCUGGAUACACUUUAUAUCACAAGCUUUACGACAACGAGAGCAGCAAAUUGGCAGGGAGUUCCGCUUUCAAAUUGGCCCCCAUGUACCACUACACGGAACAACCCCAACUACCAGUGGACUACCUCACAUCAAACUGGUUCUCAAAUACUUGGCACGAUUCAAUCUUUGUCAAGAUGAUGGUAGCCACAAUGCCCUUCGGGGUCGAGAGAGGUGAUCCUUUGGGGACCCGCGGAAGACAUAGCUUCAUCUAUUCGCAUCAUGAAGCGCUGGGUGCCCGCAAAGAAGGAGAUAGACAGGUGGCUAUCUAUAGACGGAAGGGAUUGGAUGGAAAGAAUACCGUCAUCAACGAAGAGCGGACCGUCGCAACUUUUGGCGAGUUCAAGAAGCUCAUGUGGGAGGUUUUCGGCAUCAACACGAAUAGAAUUACGUCUAAGGACGCCUUUCCAUGAGACGUGAUAUAGGCUAGUUAUAUUGUGGAUAGAAGAGUUGAUCAGUUGAAUAGACCUUUAGACCGA